GCAAUGUUGACGGCCCGGCAGGUGGGAGGAGGACCAAUGGCCGACGGUGGCCGAUUUAAGGCGGCGUUCAGGCGUUUGCCCAAAUCCACAUUUUGGGAGGGAGUGGCAGUCAGAUGCAGUCAACAGGAAUGCAGUAAAAUGAGCCAUGAAUUGUUGCCUUUGUAUUGGAAUUCACGAUUUGAGAAUGGUGCUGUGGCCACUUUCAGCACUAUGGAUGAACAUUCAUUUCUCGUAAAACAAUAUAUCUGACUAUUUGCUCCAUACACAUGCAUACCCACAAUACAAUGACCAGUUCUCAGGAGCUCCUGAGCUGGUCUUCCUCUACAGCGAUUAUCAAUAAGAGUCCCAAUGAAGAUAAAAGCUUCAAUGAGAUGCAUGGGGAAUGUAUAUCCUCUGGUGUCCAUCCUUCAUCUGAAGACAUAGAAGAGGGAAGAGAAGGGGAGCUACCUCACAACAAUGCAUCAGACAAUAUAAAUAGCCCAGUGCCCACAACAGUAUUAACCAGUGUAAGUGAAGAUUCCAGGGACCAAUUUGAAAAUAGUGUGCUCCAGUUUACUGAACAAGAUGAUUUAGAAACUACUGUUCAUCAGGGCAACGAUAACAAUAUAAGUGGACAGAACAAUCAUGCAACUGAAGACAUCAAAAUACAAUUUAACAGAACAGGAAGUGGAAAUGGUGGCUUUCUUGAGGGACUUUUCGGCUGCUUAAAGCCAGUAUGGAAUAUUAUAGGAAAAGCCUAUUCUACUGACUACAAACUACAACAACAAGAUACAUGGGAGGUUCCUUUUGAAGAGAUAUCUGAACUGCAGUGGUUGGGCAGUGGAGCACAAGGAGCUGUUUUCUUAGGCAAAUUUCGUACAGAGGAAGUGGCCAUCAAGAAAGUGAGAGAGCAGAGUGAAACUGAUAUCAAACACCUGAGGAAACUGAAACAUCCAAACAUCAUUGCUUUCAAGGGCGUUUGCACACAGGCACCCUGCUACUGUAUAAUAAUGGAAUACUGUGCACAUGGACAAUUGUAUGAAGUGUUGCGAGCAGGUAGAAAGGUAACACCUCGUUUGCUUGUAGACUGGUCCACUGGAAUUGCUAGCGGAAUGAAUUAUUUACAUCUCCAUAAAAUUAUCCACAGAGAUCUCAAGUCACCCAAUGUAUUAGUUACCCACAAUGAUACGAUGAAAAUUUCUGAUUUUGGUACUUCUAAAGAACUCAGCGAUAAGAGUACAAAAAUGUCCUUUGCUGGAACAGUCGCUUGGAUGGCCCCAGAAGUGAUUCGUAAUGAACCUGUUUCUGAAAAAGUAGAUAUAUGGUCAUUUGGAGUGGUUUUGUGGGAGCUCCUCACUGGAGAAAUUCCAUACAAAGAUGUAGACUCUUCAGCCAUCAUCUGGGGUGUAGGUAGUAAUAGUUUGCAUCUUCCUGUACCUUCCACUUGUCCAGAUGGAUUCAAGAUUCUUAUGAAGCAAACAUGGCAAAGCAAGCCGCGGAAUCGGCCUUCUUUUCGACAGACACUUAUGCACCUUGACAUAGCAUCUGCUGAUGUUUUGGCUACCCCUCAGGAGACCUAUUUUAAGUCUCAGGCUGAAUGGAGAGAAGAAGUAAAGAAGCACUUUGAAAAGAUUAAAAGUGAAGGAACUUGUAUACACCGGUUAGAUGAAGAACUUAUUCGUCGUAGAAGAGAAGAACUCAGGCAUGCCUUGGACAUUCGUGAACAUUAUGAAAGGAAACUUGAAAGAGCCAAUAAUCUGUACAUGGAACUCAGUGCCAUCAUGUUACAGUUGGAAGUUCGUGAAAAAGAGCUCCUCAAACGGGAACACGCUGUGGAAAAAAAGUAUCCUGGGACUUAUAAGCGUCAUCCUGUCAGACCAAUAAUCCAUGCUAAUGCAAUGGAAAAAUUAAUGAAGAGAAGAGGACUCUCCCACAAAUCUGGGGCGCAGACAAAACGACCUGACUUGCUGAAAUCUGAUGGCAUAUCCAACACUGAAGUGGCCCCUAGUGGCUCUCCUCUCUCAGGCAGUCCCAAAAUGACAACAGUUAGUAGCAAAGGACGUUACCGUAGCAAACCACGCCACCGGCGAGGAAAUAGCAAAGGCAGUUACAAUGAGUUUACCGGCGUUUUGAAAAAUCAGCCAGCACAGGAUGACUUGGGCCAGCCAACUCACCAUCAUCACCACCAUCCCCAUCAUCACCUUCGACUUAAUAUACAUGGACAAGAUAUAGCCAGUUGUGCUAACAACUUACGAUACUUUGGUCCUGCUGCUGCCCUACGCAGCCCUCUUAGUAAUCAUGCCCAACGGAGGAUGUCUGGCUCUAGCCCUGAUCUUAUCUCUGCUGCUAUGGAAGCCGAUUCAAGGAGAAAUCUGGAGGUAAAGAAAGAUGGAGAGAAUAAAGCUGAUUAUUGGGAAUGCUGUCAAACAGAUACAUACAAUCUCUGUCCACAGUGCAGACUGGGAACAAAUGAUACAAAUCAACAACAAUCACUUGAUCCAGGGCUAGAACAGCCUGAAGGACCAUUGUAUGACUCAGUAUAUGCAAAUUCGGAGUUUCCUGCAAAGAAUAAAGAAGGUGAAUUCAGCAGCCACAGGUCAGUGUCUCCUCUUGGCUCCUCUCAUCUUGCAAGCACUCCAGGACUGCUGGGUAAAACUCGAUCCAUUCCGAAGAGUGGUGAUGAUUCUUCAGAAGAAGAAGGCGAAGUAGACAGUGAAGUGGAAUUUCCACGGAGACAGAGGCCACAUCGUUGCAUCAGUAGUUGCCAGUCCUAUUCAACCUUCAGUUCCGAGAACCUCUCUGUCUCUGAUGGGGAAGAGGGCAAUACCAGUGACCAUUCCAACAGUCUGGAUGAGCUGGCUAAUAGACGGGAAGAUUGUUUGGCUGAGAAGUUCGAUGACAUGCUGUCACAAACUCCAGAAAUCUCCAUUGAGAUAUCUACUCAGUCUGAUGGACUUUCAGAUAAAGAGAGUGCUGUACGUAGGGUGAAAACACAGAUGUCACUUGGCAAAUUGUGUCCAGAGGAUCAUGGUUAUGAGAAUCCUGGGCAGUUUGGAGACUCGGGUGGUGAAUCUUCAGAAGAAGAUUGUUCUGAUGCAACUGUGAGAACCAGUAAAGUUUGUAACUCUGCAACCUUGUAAUGAUAAAUCUACUUUAGCCUCGUUAAUCUGAUCAACUGGCAUUUUGAUUCCACUCAGAAAAAAAAAACUUUUUCAUUCCGUCUUUGAGAAGUUGCUUCUCCACCCCAUCAACUAUAUGAUCUGCAAUAACUUGAAUCUUUGGAGAAAUGUUCUGAUGAAUUGGUUUCUCAAUGAGCAUUUCAAUCAUGAAUGGCAGGGAUGUAUUUUACUGAAUAAUUGAACUGUUGUACCAUAUUUUUGGCAUUUUAACACUUUUUACUGAUCAAGAUGAUCACUGUCCAUAGGCAAAAUAAUUGGUUACAAAAAUAGAAAGAAAACUGAAAAAGAAUCAUUUUGAAUUUUAAGAGAGCAUGUAUAGACAGAAUAGAAUUUGUCAUUACUUGGCCAUAUGACUCUGAAGGGCUGACAGGUUAAAAACGCAGCAUUGAUUUCACUAAAACUGCAUGAGAUAACCUAUGAACAAAAAGUCAUUUGUAUAACCAGUGUAACUUUUUCAACAUAAAGUAUUCACAUUCCAGGGAAAGAGUAUCUGAGAUGCUGUUCCUCAGCAAAAGAAAAUGGAAAUUAAUGGUUUCAUUUUAAAAUUUAUUUUAUUGUUAGUUGAUUGCAAAAAUCUUACAAUUGCAAUUACAGCUUCUCUCCAUAUCGUCAUCAUACUAGUGUGAGGACAGCAGAUAAAAGUAUUGAAAGAUUGAUGGAUAGAUGCACAUACUGUUUUGCUCUGUUGACUUAUUCUCUUUAUAUUAUGCCUUUUACUUGGUUCCUUCAAUUAAAAAUACAUGUGUCAAAUUAAUGCUGAACACAAGCCAUGGAAGAUAUAUAUAUACCUAUCCUGAGGACUUUCCUGAAGGAAGAAAUUAGAACUGUUCCCCCUACCGCUGGGGGAUAGUCCAGCCUAUGCCACAUAAUUUGUCUUCCUACUGUUUUCACUAAUAUGGUUUUGAUAGGAGAGUCACUUAUUAAGCUUGAUAGAAAGUUACAUAACCUUUUUUUAAAAAAAUGGCAAUUGAUGAAAAUGCUCUUUGAAAUGGCUUGAAGGAACAUUAAGUCGUAUUGUAUUGUGGAUCUGGAUUGGUAUCCCUUUGUCUUUUUUUACAAAUAUGGUUUACCAUUCAUCCUAUUUCCUAUAACUAGAAUGUUCAAGAAGAGCAAAACAAGUAACACUGAAGUCUGGCUUUCGAAUCAAAGUGUUAAUCAUUAUCUUUCAAUGCUUCCUUCCUUCACCAUGUUGGCUAAAGAAUGACAUAAAGCAAGCCUUUUGGUCAGCGUAGCAGGAUUUAAGUUAAUGAGUAUCAAAUGCAUCCUUCACCCCAUCUGCAGAAUGAAAGGCAAGCAUGGGUUGACAUUUUGCUGCUGUUUGUUUACAUUUGAUUUGAUAUGAUUUUUUAAAAUAGAUUAAUAGCCUUGUGACAAAAUGUAGAAAAUUCUUUAUUAAUAUUGAAGAACAGUAUUGUAUGAGUUAAAUUAUUCCAUACUUUAAAAAUUCUGUAGCUGGACUACACGAAUCAUAAAUUAUUUCAUUAUUUAUUAUAAUUUCUGUAGAUUAAUGAUAGGGCUUGUUGUACUGCAGCAUGUCAGUCCUACUUCAGCUAUGCUGUGGCCUAUACUCCAGGAGGAAUAGUAACCAAAGUGCUCUAUGUAUAAUGCAAUUUAAUAAUCUUACACAGGCCACACUGAUUUUACUCAAUUGCAGCAGCCAAUGGAAAACAAACAUGGCAUACUCUGAUAAAAAUUGCAUGUGCCAUGAGUGUAAAGUAUUUAAGAAACAAAUGAUGCUUCAGCAUGCAUUAGGUUCCCUGUUGCAGUCCAUAACACUGUGAGUUAUUGUCAGAUUGAAAUAUAAAAGAAUUUAUACCUGUUCACUUGAAGUGGCACCUCCUGCUAAAAUAAGAGAUUCCUCAAGUUUUAUAUCUGAGUGAACUGAGUUUUGCGUGUUCAGAACAAAAUUGCUUCUUGUGCAUUCUCUAUUUUCCCAAGGAGGAACUACUUUUUUAGGGAGACCUAUAUACUGGUAAUACUACACUCCCCAUCAAUGUCAUUCCAACUAUAUGGGCCCGACCACAAUUGUCUAGGAAGAUUGCUGCAUCUGCCAGAUCCAUGGCAAAUCCCUAAUUCAGAAAUAUUAUUUGGUGCUUGAGCUAGGCAUUUUUUUAAACUGACAGGAACAACUAUCACGCCUUUUCCCUUUUUAGGUUCAAUCUUUCAUAAAAAUCUUUCUUUUAUCAGCACAUUAUGUGUCUGUAUUAUGAGGAUAAUCUCCAAACAAGUAUCUGCUUUGUAAGUAAUGUUAGCAAUAAAGACACGCCCUCCCUAUGGCUCCAGGUUGGAGUUUUAACAGCCCACAGAUAGCUAUGUGUUUGGAAAAGAAUGCUCCUUUUUAAAGAAAUGGCAAAAUAAGAGUGUCAGGAUUGACAAAUGCUACAUGCUGUUUUCCCCCUGAUAUGAAGUACUUAGGAUUGUUAUCUCAGUGCUAAUGUUAGCCCACUAUUUCUUCUAUGAGAAGUUCCACACUAAAGACUUGCUACCCUGGAAAAAGAAUACAGAAGUGUAGGACUUAUCAAUUUGACAGGCAAAAAUUAUCUGGGAUCCUGAAUGAAGGAUUUUCUUGUGAUGAUUUAAUUGCAGAUAUUGAGCCUGGAAUCUUAUGCAUGCAAAGUAUGUAUAUGGCCAAUAGUUUCUUCCCAGAAGUAGUCUCUACUUUAGUGGAGAAUGUGUCCAAUUUAAUUAUCUUUGAUGUAGAUACUGGUUGUUUCUUUUUUGGUAUUUGCACUUAUCCUCAUCUCCAAUGACAUGCUGCACAAUGUAAUUCUUCAAGAGACUAUUUUAUGAUUUAAGAAAUAAUUAGGAUGAGUAGGGUUUUCUAAAUCUUACACUCUCCUGCUAAUAUGUAGCCUCUGUAUCUCAUUAGACUGAAGACAUAGUAUUUUAACUUACCCAUAUCCAAAGAGCUCUAUUUAUUAGGAGACACUGGUUUAAAAAGCAGAAUGAAUUUGGGGCCCCCAGGAAUAUACUAUCUAGCAGAUAUUUUGGAUGAGUCUUAAUAUUUGUUAUUGAUCAAUUUACAAACAUUCCAAAUGGCUGGAAAUCCAUGGUUUUAGUUAUUAAAUACAAUAAAAGGAUUCUACUAGAUACAUUUUUACUAAAUUAUACCUAAAAUAGUUUGUUCAGCUGUGAACAAGCAGAAGAACUUUUGAAACUGAAAUUUUAACCAUGUGUGAUCAUCCUACUUUUCCCAGUUCAGUUGUCCUAUUUAUCACUUAUAACUUCAUAGCAUUCCCUAAAGCACAAAUUAAAAAUGUCUUAACAAAUAUAAUCUCACAAUUGCAAAGAGAUCCAAAUUAAGCAGUGUUAUUGCUAAUAAUAGUUACACUGACAGCUGGGCUAGAAGUUAUGAUCACUGGGGGAAAACAGCCAAUACAAAAAGUUCUCCUUCUGUUAUAAAGUUAGGUACAUAGGCAAUAGUUAUACUCCACCAUGAUGUAGCCUGACUCUAAACAGGAGAUGUUGAUUGUUGUGUUAUUACAACAGACCUGUGCAUGUUUUGUUUCAAGAACGAUAGAAUAAUUAAUUUUAAACUUUGGAUGUUGACGAAAUCCAUUUUAAAUAUUGGUCCAACAUACAUAGUUGAUUUUUUAGUAUAUGCUGGUUAUCUUUUUUAAAGCUUUCUCUUAAAUGUGAAGGUUAAAAAUUUCUUUUAAAUGUGGAAACAUUCUCAGGUGAAUUUGGGCAUUUAAAAAAGCUUGCUGUAUUCUAUUGCCCCAAUAAAAAGUACUAUUUUGGCUUCUGGAGCAUUAGUUCCUAGCACUAAAUAUUAAGAGAGAUGAUCAGAGCUAUGGGGAUAGAUACUAAGACACAGAGAAUAUUAACUCCUUUUUCCAAGGAAGCAAGAGUUCUGUUUACUGGAAGGGAGCCACCAUAUUUUUUCACAUAUUAUACUGAAUUUUCAUUCAUAGAACCAGCUAGCACAAAAAAUGCAGUUUUGUAAUAGGAAAGGGAAAUAGUACUGUUAUUGUUGUAUUAAUUCUUUGAUAGAAUCUUACAGACUACAAAGGAAUAGCAGAAUUUAGAUUUAGUUCUUAGAUUAAAUUUUCAAACCAAAAGCCAUAAAUCAAUUCAUUUCAUUCAGUUUAUGACACAGUAUUGCCAUCUGUGAAUUAGUGUGAGUUUUCCUGCUGUGUUAUGACUGUUCUGUGCAAGGGCAUUACAAUAUUGUAACUACCUGAUGAAGGGGUUGACAGUGGCACAGCAUAAGAAUAAGCAAUGCAAACCAGAGAUAAGCUUUUGAUUGAAAAGCCUUCUUUGGCAUAUUUUCAUGAUUUUUACACUCUAUUCUUACUUGCUGGGUCCAGUUAUGGUACAAUCGAUAUGUUGGCUAAUGGUUAGUGGAAAUUAUUAUGUUUAUAUGUCAUAUAGAAUUAUAAUUUUAUCUUCUGUGCUGUCUUUUCUCCCUACUUUGAGGCAAACUUGAUUUCUUUUUGUAUUGAACAGUGUAUAACAAUUGGGAACAAAUGACUAUCAAAUAGAUGCAUGGAAUAAAAAGCCAGUGUACCUCAUUACGUGUUUGCAACUUCAAUUUUGAAUAUAAAUGUAUGACUCAAAGGUAUACCUAUGUGCAUUCAAAAUCACCAUUUUCCCCUGUACAGUACAGUUAUAGUUUCCAAACUGUAAAGAGAUGGUUUGAUAACCUCUUUAGGUAAAGGAAAUGUAAUAUACAAAUUAUUCUGCAUUGUAAGUGCUAUAUAAAUGCAAGGCUUGACAUUUUCAGCUUUCAAUUAAGUUUAGUAUGCCUGUUGAUACUAAAGGACAACAUGAAUGUAAAUAUACUUUUCAUUCCUCUCUAUAUCCUCUAUUAAGGAGUACUUAUAACAUCAGCCUAUUACUGCCAUCUCCUGAGGACAUGUUGAAAGUAUAAAAAAAUGAAAGUAUAAAAAAGUAUAAGAAUUGCAACAUAAUAUAUAUGGAACUAAAUUAAGCCUUCUGCAUGCCAGCCCACUGUUUCUUGCUGAAGAAUUAGAUUAGCACUUUGAAACAAAGUCCAAGCAAUGUUUUUCUUUCAUUAUUUAAUGUGUGCAAUUGAAACAUGGGAGCUGAUUAAGGUCUUGUUAGAGUUAUAAACUGACUCAUAUGGCACUACAUGAAGUCAUUUAAUCAAAUUAUCAACUAUUUUCAGUACCAUUUAUCAGAUAAAUAUGUCAUGUCUGUGAAAAUAAACAGAUUACAAUUUUCAUGAAGUUUUACCUGGCAAGAAGUAUUGGAAAAAAGAAUAGUUACUGCGCAUACUGAUGCAAACCAGACAAUCAGUUAUAAUUUGCCACAGUGUAUUUUUCAGAUCAUCUUUUAUUAUUGUUUUCUUGGCACACCACAAAGAUCUAACAGAAACCAUCCUAAGAGGUUUGCUAAGAAGACUGAUAUGUUUAAUACAAUGUUGACAUUUGUUUAGAGCAGGGAUAGGAAAUGAUAUCCCCUUUAUGACUUGUGGACUUCAACUCCCAGAGUUCCUGAGCCAGCCAUGGAAGUCCACGAGUCAAAAUGUUGUGGGAGUUGAACUCCACAAGUGGGGGCAUUGUUCCCCACUUCUGAUUUAAAGAAUAGCAAAGACCACCUCAAAUAAACUAGGGGAAUAUUCACAGAAAAACUAGUAACUGAUACUGAGCCUUCUGAUUGCUUUGAUUUCUAAAAUGGCAAACUUGCAUUACUGCGAACAUCAGGCAAACAAAGUCUUAUCACGUUCCUUAACAUCUUGUCUUCUAUCCAUUUCUUUGUUGUAGUACAAAAAGGAUGAAACAAGGUUCUUUCCUGAAUUCUGAAGCUGCAGCUUGAUGCGAGACAAGCAAGGCCAAGGCCAUUUUCAAAUAGGAAAUAAUGGCAAUAUGGGGUUAACUAACACUUGGAUUAA